ACUUGAAUUCACUUUACAAAAGGAGAAAGUUAAAUGUGCAUGCUUCUUUUUUUCUUCAGAUUCUUUGUUCUUUUUGUAAUACGUUGAUACUGUUAUGGCCAACGUUUUUGAUACAUCCUGUAUAACAUAACGGCACUCACUCUUUCAGGAGAGUACGAGAAGCCGCCUGCAAUCUCAGUCAACCAAGAGACGCCGUCUCGCGUGGAUCAACAGGCGUUGUUACCCGUGCAAAACGCAUUCACCAGCAUGGGUAUGCGGGAUGAGACACGCGAGAGCCGUGUACGCUUGUUCUCUGGUGGCCAUGUUAUCCGUACUUCUGACGGUGGAAGCUGGCGACUUGAUGCGAAAGAGCAUCGUCUUCGACAAGAACACCCCGGAUGUAUUCUACUGUCCUCAACAGAAGCCGACUGGUUUCGAGAAAAUGAUCGUUAAUGCGAAACCGUUGUCCAGGCUUUGCCAAUUCGAGGGCAAACCGAUACCACCCGAUUACAAAAGCGAUUGCUACAACGACGUGGACGAGACCGAAUACGCCUGUAAAGAGAAAUAUAGAAUUAUGAUGCGACUACAUCCACCUGGAAGCGAAGUACCAUAUAAUGGUUCACGUCUGUCAAAAUUCUUAACUUUUGACAAGGAGAAGUAUAAGAACAGGAAUCAGAUCGAAGAUACUGAUUGAUAAGAAGAAUUUUUCACUCGUGGCUCUCUUUAAUUUUCUUUAGCAUUAUUAAAAUUAUUUUCCGCAAUUGCUUGAUCCAUUUCUGUAAGCGAAGAUAUUCCAAGAUUGAACUGUUUGAUUUCCCAUAAUAAUUUGGCUUUGUCAUAAUAACAUAUUUAUGUAAUUUAUUGUCAACGUUGAUGGUAAAUAAUUCAAGUUCCUGUAACUUUCCAAUGUUUUGAAAUCUAAGUCUAAUUUAGACUUUGCUACGUCUCAUUUCUUUUUCAUAAUUGAAAGAAACGCGCAUUCAUUGUUAUUAAAAUAUUUAACGUUCCUAUUCACUGUGAAGUGUACAAAGCUUUUUGUUUUAGUGUACUUUUGUAAUAUAUUUGUAACAUAUGUGUAACGUACUGUAAAGAGAAGAAAAUAAUAUAUGGAAGUUAAUACAUCCUU